AGUAGAAACAGAGGCACCAUUCACCACAGAAGAAGAAACUGUAGCACCUGCACAUAUUCCUGAAGAAGAAAUCCAUGAACCGAUAGAAACAGAAGCACCUGUUACUGCUGAAGAAGGAACGGUUAAACCUGAACAUAUUCCAGAAGGUGAACUUCACGAACCAGUUGAAACUGAGGCAUCAAUUACCCCAGAAGAAGGAACUGCAGCACCUGAACACAUUCCAGAAGAAGAAAGUCAUGAACCAAUAGAAACAGAAUCACCUACUAUUGUUGAAGCCAAACCAGAAGAUGAGGAACAUGAAGCCGAAACAUCCGCACCUGAACAUAUCCCAGAAGGUGAAGAACAAGAGCCAGCACAUACCGAGCCAUCUAUUACCUCCGAAGAAGGUACAUCUGCGCCUGAACAUAUCACAGAAGGAGAAGUUAAACAGACUGAGGAACCUAUUGUUUCUGAAGAAGGAACUGCCGCUCCAGAACAAACGAUGCAAACGGAAGCACCUGAAACACCAGUCAUUCAUAUAGAUGUGACAUCUUCGCCUGAACAAAUUCCAGAAACUGCUGAACACGUCACCGAAGUUAAGGCCGAAGAGCAUGUUGAAACUGAAUUACCUGUUACUCAAGAAGAAGGAACAUCCGCUCCAGUUGCCAUUCCAGAGGAAGACCAACAAACCGAGGUGCAGGAACCUAUCUCAGAACAUACUGUGCAACCUGAGUCGCAAACCCCAGAAGAAUUGUAUACAUCCGGACCAGCAGUUCCUACUGAAGCAGUUCCAACCGUCACAGGAGAAGAAUUAUACACAUCGAGACCAACAGUUUCAACAGAAAGUGGCGCCGAAGAGGAAAUGGAAAUUACGCACGUCACAGAAUCCGAUGCCAGCGUGAAAUUGCCAGAAUCUGGUGAACACGUUACAGAACACAAACCUGAAGAUAUUCCAGUUAUUCAGGAAGAAAGUAAACCAAUCGAAGAAGGAUCUGGAAGUCCUCCAACCGAAGAGAAUAUUAUCGUAGAUGAUACCGAAGCAUCUGGUGAUGAGGAACCAGAAAGCUUCACAGAUGGAAAUGUACCAGUUAUAUCUACCGAUAAAUACGAGCCAGAAACUAUCGAAGAAGAAUUUACUCCGAUGACUCCAGAAGUGGAAUCUGAAAUUACUAAACAACCUGAACAAGAACCGAUCGUCACGGAACUUCCCGAAAAGGCUACGGAAAUGGUAGCUGAAGAAAUCACUGAAGGUAUUUUGCAUGAACCUGUUGAACCUGAAGUCACCGAAGAAGAGGAAGAAAAACCAGUCGAAGGAAUUACCGAAAGUGACCAAGAAGCAGUUACUCCAGAAACAGAAAAGUCCAGUGAAAAACCGGUCGAAGAAAUUACUGAAGAAUCUGUCGUAUCCGACGAUAAACCAUCAGUCACUGAGCUUCCAUCCGAAGAAGAAAUUACUCAACAAUCUAGCAUGACGGAACAACCAGAGGAUGAAAUUACUGAAGUUGAAUCUGAAGAACCGAUUGUCAGUGAGAAACCAGAAAAGUCUACAGAAGAACCACAAGCUGUAAUUACUGAAGAACCAGCAGUUGUUACACCUGAAAGUGAAAUCGUCACGGAGCAAGUCAAAGAAUAUACCGAAAAACCAGUUGAAGCAAUUACUGAGGGAGAUUUACAGGAACCUGCAGUUUCUGAAGAGGAGCCCACUGUCACCGAACAACCGGAAGACUAUUCGCAUAAGCCAGAAGAAGAAAUUGGUAGCGGUGAAUUGCAAGAACCAAUUACUGAAGAGGGUGAACAUGAAGAAGACCUGCAAAAACCUGCAACAGAAAUGAACUUAACCGAGCAACCGAAGGAAGGAAUUACAGAAGAAACGAGUAAACCAGACAAAGAAUACAGCGAAGAAUCUGCCACCAAGGAAACAGAAAUUGCCACCGAAUUGCCAAAGGAGACUGAAGUGCAAACAGAGGGUGAACAUGUUAUUCCUGGAGAAGGCAGUUGUCUCGUCGAUGGUCAAACUUAUGCGAAUAACACCAGCGUACCAACAAUUAAUCAUUGCCAAACUUCGUGCAAAUGCAUUAGUUCCAUAUUGCAAUGCGAAUCUGUCACGUGUUCUCCAGCUCCAUCGAACUUGCAAAAUUGCAUGCCAGUCUACCACGGUCCAGAUAGUUGUUGUCCUACAUAUAGUUGCAGUGUACCUACUCAAGAAGAGAUGGAAUCCGAUAGUCACAAAGUGGACGAAGAGACCGAAACUCCAAUUGAAAGCAGCACUGAUGAUUUAGAAAAGCAAUCAACUGAAAAGCCUGAAGAAUAUGGUAUCACCGAGCCUGCUGUUGAGAUUCCAGAACAUGAGACUGAAGCCGUUGUAGCAGAAGAUGAAGUUAAACAAGAACAUGAGACUGAAGUGCCUUCGACUGUAGAAGGUGAGACUGCAACUGAAAAGAGCAGUGAAACUGAAGCACCUACCGUUGCUGUCGAUAUUACUGAGAGCGGAUCAACUGAACCAGAAUCAGUUCCUCAACAACCAAUUGUGCCUACUGAACCGUGCCCAGAAGGAGCAGUCUGUGAACCAACCCAAUCAAUUCCAGUGCCUAUUCAACCGUGCCCAGAAGGAUCUGAUUGUGGAACGCGACCAACGGAACCGUGCCCAGAGGGUGCCAUCUGCGGAGCUGACAUCCCAGUACAACCUUGUCCAGAGGGAACUUCUUGUGACCAGAAACCAGUUGAACCUUGUCCGGAAGGUGCCGUUUGCGAACCAACUCAAUCGAUCCCAGUGCCCGUCCAGCCAUGCCCUGAAGGAUCUAUUUGCGACCAACAACCAACGGAACCUUGUCCAGAAGGAGCCAUUUGCGAACCAACCCAAUCGAUCCCAGUACAGUUGGGCGGACAACAGCCAACCGAACCAUGCCCAGAAGGUGCCAUCUGCGAACAAACACCACAAAAACCAGUGAGCAUUCCAGAAAAACCGUGCCCAGAGGGAACUGUUUGUGAAACUGUAGAACAAGUCCAAACACCGGAAUGCAAAGAAGGAACUGAUUGCAAGGACUCCAAUAUUCCUGUCGCCGAAUGCAAAGAAGGCGAAUGCCAACCGGAAAUAUCCGAACCGGCAAUCGUUCCCGUCUGCGAAGGUGAAUUGUGUCAACUACCACAGCAACCAACUGAAACACAAACCAUGAAAUCGAUGGAACCAGAGGAAGAAAUCAUUACUGAAAAGACCGUGACCGAAUCCGAGAUGGAAUACGUAACCGAAGGCGUAUCACACACCGGACAACCAAUGGAAUCUGCCGAACACGUAACAGAAAAGAAACCAGAGGAAGAAAGCGUAACUGAAAUUUCCGUAGAAAAAGAAACAUCUUCUCCUGAAAGCAAACCAGCCACUGAACCAAUUAUAUCUGAAGAAGAUAAACAUGUAACCGACGCUCCAGUUACUUCAGAGGAAGAAACUGUCACUGAGCAAGUUGAAACUGGAACUGAAAAGGAGAGACCAGUGGAAUCGGUCACUGUUCACGACAUUAAAGAGCAGCCUGAAUUAGAUGAAUCGCACACCGAAUACACACCUAAAGAAUCUGAUAAGGAGACGCCAGAAGGUCAAACUGAAUAUGCUCCAAUGGAACAAGAAAAGGAAAAGCCAGAAGUAUCUGUUGUUGAAACUGCUGAGAAACCGACAGAAGUUGAAACAGAACAAGCUGUUACUGAAAUGGAAGAAGUACAACCCGAACAUAUCGCAACUGAAUCUGGAGUAGAACAACAACCUGAAACGGAGCAUACGCCAACUGAAGCUGAACAAGAACAACCUGAACAUGUACCAACUGAAGCUGGAGAAGAAAAAGAACCUGAACAAGUAGCAACUGAAGCUGCUGAAGAACAACCCGAACAUGUUCCAACUGAAGUUGGAGAAGAAAAAGAACCAGAAAUUAGACCAACAGAAGUCGUAGAACAAGAACCAGAACAUGUAACAACUGAAGCUGGAGAGGAACAAUUACCUGAACACUUGCCCACUGAAAGUGAAUUAGAACAUGAAGGUGAACAGGUGCCGACUGAUGCUGGAGAGGAGCAACAACCUGAGCAUGAACCAACUGAAGCUGAAGAAGUACAACCUGAACAUGUACCGACUGAAGCUGCAGAAGGUGAACAACCUGAACAUGUACCAACAGAAGCACCAGAACAAGAACCAGAACAUGUACCAACAGAAUCUGAAAGUGAACAAGCUGAACAUGUACCUACAGAAUCUGAAGGUGAAGUAGAAAAAGAACCAGAGCAUGUACCAACAGAAGGCGAACAACCUGAACAUGUACCAACAGAAGCACCAGAACAAGAACCAGAACAUGUACCAACAGAAUCUGAAGGUGAACAACCUGAACAUGUACCAACAGAAUCUGAAGGUGAAGUAGAAAAAGAACCAGAACAUGUACCAACAGAAUCUGAAGGCGAACAAGCUGAACAUGUACCAACAGAAGCACCAGAAC